GUAGUUCUAACCGACCACCGUGAUGGCCGAGCUACUCCUGGAUUCCGACAUAAGAAUAUGGGUUUUUCUCCCCAUUGUGCUCAUCACUUUCCUCUGUGGGAUUGUGAGGCAUUACGUGAGUGUCUUGAUAUCCACGCAGAAGAAGGUAGAUCUGACCCAGGUCCAAGAUAGCCAAGCCAUGAUAAGAGCAAGAAUGCUGCGUGAGAAUGGAAAAUAUUUGCCAAAACAAUCUUUCCUCAUGCGAAGACAUUUCUUCAAUAAUGAAGAGUCGGGUUACUUGAAAACGGUAAAGCGUUCAGCAGCUCCACAGCCCAUGACGGAUCCAAAUAUGAUGAUUGAGAUGCUGAAGAGUCAACUAACGAAUGUGCUGCCCAUGAUAGCCAUUGGUGGAUGGAUCAACUGGACCUUUUCUGGAUUUGUUACCACCAAGGUUCCUUUCCCCCUAACCUUGCGGUUCAAGCCUAUGUUGCAGCGAGGCAUUGAGUUAGUGUCUCUAGAUGCCUCCUGGGUAUCUUCAGCUUCCUGGUAUUUCCUGAAUGUAUUUGGACUUCGCUCUAUUUACACGCUUGUCCUCGGAGAAAAUAAUGCUGCUGACCAAGCUCGCAUCAUGGAGGAGCAGAUGUCUGGUGCGGCCAUGGCAAUGCCACAGGAUCCCAAAGCAGCAUUCAAGGCAGAGUGGGAAGCACUUGAAAUUGCAGAACAUAAAUGGGCCUUGAAAGAUGUGGAGGUGGACCUUCUUCAGAAAGCAGAGGUUGACUGCCUCUUUGAUUCAUUUUCAUUCGCAAAUAAUACUUAAAAGCGUCAUUUCCUUUUUAGAAAUUAUGACUUUUCCACAAAAUCAGUGGUUGAAGUGUCAUAUUUGAACAUCCAGUAAGAAUUUACAUUGUUAAGUUAAAAAGAAAAGUUUGCAUGCAUAUUUAUAAAAGUCGGUUCCACAGAUAUGUGUAAGUUGAGAAAAUGUGAUGGAUGAAUGUAAAUUUUGAAGAAUACGAAUAUUUGAUAUGUCACAUUUUGUUGAUAAUAAAGAAGUAACUUGAAAAUUUUA